CUCAUUUCCGGAGGAGACUGGGAACGAAGCAAGCCUUCAUUCUCUUCAGUCAGCUCCUUGUAAGCAUUCAGGGCUGUUGGGCCUAAAGAGCCGUAUCUGUAAGCUGUAAACAGACGACACAGGACGGUUAAUGAUGUGUGAAAAAACGGAGUGUUGAUGGACUGAAAGCCCGGAUAUCAAAUUUUACUCAACCUGUAGCGAGAAGCUGCUCGUGCAUUUUUAAAGAAGUGUACUAAAGUGGCCACACACCUUCCGAUCGUCGUUAGAAAAGAAGUUAAGCAAAUGGUCAGUCAGGCUUCCUCUGAUGAAAUGGAUCUCUCGCGGAUCAGGGAGUUUUUUGAGUGCCCGGUAUGCUGUGAACAGUUGCGCGAUCGCAGCAAAGUAUUGCCGUGCCAGCACACCAUCUGUAAAGAAUGCCUCGAAAAUUGGUUCGAUAGUAAAGGUUAUUUACAAUGCCCGGAGUGCCGAACUGAUUACCGUGGACUAACAGUUGAUUGUCUCUCUCCUAAUGUUUUCCUAGAGCGAAUGAUGAAUGAGAUUUCAAAAAAAGCAGAGAAUAACAAACCAGUUCCUACAUUGUGGAAGUGGCAAGGUGUUGGAUCCAGCCAAAAGCAGCCAUGUGCAAAGGCAUUGUAUAACUUCCAAGGGACUGAGGAUGGGGACCUAUCAUUUGCAAAAGGAGAUUUGAUAUUACUAAGUGACAUUCUUGAUAAAAAUUGGUUCGAGGGUGUAUUAGAUGGAAAGAGUGGUGUUGUGCCAGCCAAUUUUGUAAAGGUUCUGGUGCCAUUCCCAUCUUUCGACGAUGUGAGCAAGCAAGAACCACUCGCCAGGGGUCUCUACGAUUUCAAUGAAGGCAGAGAGAACAGUCUUAUCGAAUUCAAAAAGGGUGAUAUAAUUUCCGUCAUCAAAAGAAUAGAUAGCAAUUGGUGCGAAGGAGUAUUUAUGGAACAGCAUGGAAUUUUCCCCUUCAAUUAUGUGGAGUUAAACGCUGCGGCGGAGGUACUUGUUAGUACUUCAGAAAGUUCGGAUGAAGAGGAUGACAGUCCUUCGCAGCGUCGUGACAAGAGCCCUACGCCAAGCAAAGAACAGAAUUUGCGGGCAAGGCCGGAGCCCCCAAAACGGCAUUCAAUCCACGUGGACAAUCCAGAAGAACAGAUGAUGAAUCGAACGCGGCAGCUUCUCGAUUUUCCAGUAAGGGCUCCUCGAAAUCGCGAUCGUCGUGCAUCAGAAACGUCUUUGCAGGAUUCGCUGAACGGAUUUACCGCUGGGCGGUCUGUUACCAACGGUCACCCUGACAGAGCUGCGGAGGCUUCAAAUUCGAACGUUAAUGGCGCCAGUGCAAGGGAGUCUCAUAGGGAAGCCCCUGCGAGAAUAAACCACCCGGAAGCUGGUGGAACUUUGUAUAUUUGUAUGUACGAUUACAGAGCAAAGAAGGUCGACGAGCUUUCAUUGGUUCGUGGGGAGGUGUACUGUGUCAAAGAGAAAUACCGUGAUGGCUGGUGCAAAGGUUACCGCGUAAGAUCGACCACAAAGAGGACUGGAAUGUUCCCUGGAAAUUACUUGAAGCCUGCAAGCAACCACCGUAUUCACUUGUCCAGAUGUCUUAGUUAUAAUCCUGCAACACCAUCACCCGCGAAUUAUUUACCGAACCGAUUAAACGUCCCACAGCACAGUCACUCUACAUCUGCUCCAUCAGAUCUCUUGGUGCUGCCAAGAAAUGGUUCGUCCCAGACCAACUGGGCUCAGAGAACACAGGCACCCGGUGGUAGGACCAGAAGCGGAUCUGAACCAACUGAUCCAUCACUGGCUGCAAGAACCACGGAAAGAUCAAGGGUAAGGAGUUUUAUUCGCAAGCUUAAGAAGAAACAAGCCGUACCGGCACCAAUUCCUUUGCCUUAUUAUUCAGAACCAAGCACCGAAUUUCGUCCGCAAAGACCGAUUCCUAUUCUGCCGUCAGAACCGCCACCACCAUAUUCGCCGCCACCAUAUUCGCCACCUGCAACAACAUACCUGCCGCCACCAAGAUCGCCAAUCGCUGAUGUCCCUCCAACUAUAUUGCAGAAUUACGAUCGAUACCGUGCAAUCUUUGGGUUUCCUCCACAGAGCGAUUACGAGCUAGAACUGAAAGCUGGUGACAUUGUUUAUGUUAUCAAGAAACGAGAAGAUGGGUGGUAUCACGGGAAGUCUCAACGAACAGGAAAAGUUGGCUUAUUCCCAGCUAGUUUUGUAGGAUCGUGCUAAUUCUUGCUGAAUCGUUCUUUAAUAAAAUUGCUGAAUUGAAAAUUGCUGCUAAAUAUAAAGGGGUAGGGGACAUCGGUGUAGGGGGUUCCGAGGCUUUCAUGGAAAAUGAGGGAAAGGCCUUUCACGAAGGAAUUAUUACAAGGUAAUAGUUUUAAAACGAAAGGCCAUUGGUUGAAAACUUCAGGGAAAUGUAAACCAUUUAGCCUUACAAUGAUAAAGUUUUAUAAAGUGAAAUAUAUCUUUUUUGAAGUCAAUCAGAAUCGCAGGAAACUGAUUCAGUCCAGUGAAUAGUUACCUAUCUUUCUAAUCUGAAAUGAACUCUUUGCGAAGGUCAACAGUGGUGUUGCCCAUUGAUAUCUUAAUCUCACAAUAAAUAAUAAAAGAUAUCUUCUAGAUCUAUAUUGCCCCUGGAGCUAAAAACACCUUACGGGCGUUGUUACUAAAGGAAAUGAAUGGCAGUGUCGAAAUUUCCACGACAUGACUAUAUUUAGUUUUGGUUCUUUAUCCACUUUGCUUGUAAAUGAGUGAACAGACUGUAGUGGUUUAGGCCUUGUCGGGUGUUUACUGUGAAGUCGUUUACUGCCAAAGCUUGUAACUCAAAUCGUCUUCGAUCUGGUCUCAGAUCUGAUAGUUGCGAGUUUCCAACGUAUUUUUAGAGAAGCGGCCUGCGAAUGGCGUGCAUUCAUAUUGUAGUUAUCGCAAAUGCAACAACAUAUAUUUUAACCUCAUUCAAGUAUAAUUUUUAAAACACCUCCAGCUGUCAGCUUGUUUUUGUGAAUGGCUAAAAUUGAAAUUAAUUGUAAAUUGUCGUCGAUAGUGGACAUUUUAGCAUCAGACAGACGAAUCAGUUCGUAUUGAGCCUACAUUAAAUCGUAAGUUAACAGAAAAGCAGUUCAACACGAGAUUUCGAUACUGUGUUCACGUAAACGAGGCAAGCUGGAUCGUUCCUCCUCUUUGUACACAGACCGGGUUACGCUGUCCCUAAUUUUGAACACAUAAAUAUGCAGCAAGCAAGGGUUUAAAAGAAGUGGGACCCCGUGACUUCUAAAGCAAACUGUUUUUUUCAGUAUCACCGGUUACGAAUCGACGGGGGAAAUGUGUUUAUAAUUAAUACUGUAAAACGAAUUUUUUUCACUCAUGAGUAAAAUCAUCAGAAUUUUUAGCCUAAAGUGUGACCAGAAGCUGCUUUAGCCAAAGCAUGCAUAAAGUCUGAAGUUGACGGAUUAGCCGUUAUUUAAUGUUUUGUUUCUUUACGCUUUUAUUUUGCUAUAUGAAUUUGUAAAGUUCGUGUUAAUGCUCUUAACUGAAAUAAGCGCAUUUUCUCGAUUAAUUUAAUAACCAUAUUGGUUCUUUUCGUCGAA